UUUUACGAGCCUCUAAUAUCUAGUGACCUUCCUCAGCGCUCGUGCAGUACAGUGUCCGGUAGGUGAAAAACUGCUUCGAGGCAAUAAUCUCGCCUGUUUAAAAGGACACAAUGGGUGACGUUGAAAAAGGAAAAAAGGUCUUCGUCCAGAAGUGUGCCCAGUGCCACACGGUCGAGAACGGCGGCAAGCACAAGGUCGGGCCCAAUCUUUGGGGUCUGUUUGGACGUAAGACGGGCCAGGCAGAGGGCUUCUCCUACACGGAUGCCAACAAGAGCAAAGGCAUCAUUUGGAGUGAGGAUACUCUGAUGGAGUACUUGGAGAACCCCAAGAAAUACAUUCCUGGCACAAAAAUGAUCUUCGCCGGCAUCAAGAAGAAGGGCGAGCGCGCAGACCUUAUCGCAUAUUUGAAGUCUGCCACAUCGUAACGCUUUUCUAUCCAUAAAGGGCGUGGAAAUAUUUAAAUUAAGACCUCUGUAAUGUUUUUUUUUUUUCAUCUUUUAACAAUACCUACUUGAACAAUUUAAAGUAUCACUAAAAAUCCUGGACUGUUCAGUUAUGGACAUAGAGUCAUGGCACGAUGCUGAUGCCCCACUGUUUCAGCAAUGCGGGUUCUCGUUACGUCUUUCUGUCCUGCUUUUCACAAAAGCAGUAGGCUGGUUAAUUUAACUGUAAUGUCUGUAUAUGGAUUGAGUUUCAGUGUGACUGAUGAUGUGAACGUGUUUAGCGUUUGCCAUGGUAACCUGUGUACCAGAUGAAAUUAAAACCCAUCGAUAAAAGUGACGAGUCUUUUCCCUUUCCUACUUCUUGCAUGUUUCUAUAGAGAUCUUAUACAAUAAAAGGGAACCCAUAUAUCUGUGAA